AUGGGGCUUUCAGGCGAGCAGAAGUAUUGCCAGUGCGGUGGUGUCAUUGCGGGCAUCAACCUCGCGACCUCUGGACAGUCCACAACAAGCUACUGUGCUACUGGUGGCGAUGUACCCCCCGGCUUUACCCAAAUCGCAGCUGAUGGCAACGGCAAUGCUAUCACUACCGCCCCGGCAAAAACAACGGCAACAGCGACUGGGACUGUUAGCAUUGCCAGCUAUACUGGCACCACCCCAGAAGGUCAAGAUGAAGAGGACAAUCUGAAGCAUUGUAUAAUAUACAUGCCACCCAGUGAUGAGCCCAAUGUGUCCUCCAAUCAGUGUCAAGAGUUUUGCAAAGAUGCUCAACCCGACGAAAACGGGCUUAAGUCUAUCAUCUGCUCUGAUUUCUGGCCUGCAGGCAGCCCAGACCCAUGGGUAGAUAAUCCCGACAAAAGCGGUGGAAAAUUAAUGCGCGGAGAUUGCUCAUGCAAUAACAAAUUCCUCAACUUCGUCGUACACGAAGUGCUCGAAGCCUUGCCAGCUAUUGCAGAGAUCGGCUGCAAUCUCUUAAUGGCUGCGUUUCAAUUCAUCGUUCAGCUCGCAUUACAGGCAACUGGCAUUGGACGGGUUGUGGACGCAGCUAUGGCUAUGGGCGCACAGGCUGCUAAAACUGUGGCAUAUGCGUAUGAUAUCGACUCAGAAGCUUUGGAGAAUUUCAUCAACUGGGCGAGUUUUUGCGGUACCGAUCAUCUGCCCGGAGACAUGGCAAAGGUCUUCAGUGUCUUACGGGAUGUUGAAGAUGCCCUAGUUGGAUUUAAAGUCCCCAAAGGAUUGACGACUGCGGGUGGUGGCAAGGGCAAAGGCGGGUAUGGCAAGUGCAAAAACAGCAAGCACAAGCGUGGGGGCGACGGUAAAUGUGACAAAGAUGACAAGGGAGACAAGGACGCGACGACUAUCACAAAAUCUGAGGCAGACCUGAAGACUAUCACGAUGACUUGUGAAGGUAAAAAAUAUCCACAAGCAUGUGCACAUUAUCUUUCAGCCGUCGAGGUACAUAAGGCAGCGACCAGAUUCACGUGCAGCGACAGUAAUUCACGUACCGAUGCGAAGGCUACUUCUACGUGGACGUCGCAACACACAAACAAGAAAUGGCAGGAAUACACCACCAUUGAUGGUCUGAAAUGCGACGCUGACGAAUGGCCACCUGGAUACUUCUGGGAUCAGGGUAAGACGUUGGGUCAGAUUGUCAGAUGGAUCCCUGACGGCGAUAAUCGUGGAGUAGCAGCAUCUAAUUGGGGCGGCUUCUGCGGCAAGAACGACGGAGGAGAAGGCAACGGUCAAUAUGAUAAAGAUGGACUUGUGAACAAGGAUCUUGUGAAUCUUGGAAAGAGUAAGGUAGACAAGAAAAACGGCAAAACUGAAGUCAUUCAGGAAACGACCAGCUACGAGGCAAAAUUCACAAGAGCAGUAUUUGAGUUCGACUUUGACAAAGAUGUCGCGGGGAAGGACAAGGACUACGCAAUUUCUGACAACGAUUGCUGGCCACGGUGGAUCCUCCCAAACGACCCAGGCUAUUGCUUGUUGAAAGACGACGACUGGUAUGGCGAGAAUAAUGGUGCUGACGAAUUCGUCAAUCAAUACGAAGACGAGCCUGAUCCGAAACUCAUAGCUGCGGCAGACAAACGGAAAAAGGACGCUGGCGGAGGCAGCAAACUGAGACGACAGCUUCAGAUGAAUGAUGGUGGGUUGGCUGUGCGAGAAGCCAAUCUCACAAGGAGACUCACGGAGGAUGAGAUCGCUCGAGACGUCGAGAUUAUACCUUGUACAGACCGGACUUGUGUCAGAGAGCGUCGCGAGUAUCAGAAUGAGGAAGGUCUCCUCUUCAUUGAUGGCGAACAGAUACUGGCGCCACGUGAUAAUCCAGCUGAGGUAUCCGCCAUUCCAAGGGCGGCUACUACGUUAGAAGUUCGUGUACGCAGGCGUGAGGAAAUCCUUCCCGAACUUCCUGCCAUAACAGGUCUGGCAGCGUUGAGUAAACGUGCAGAGGAUGAUCUUGAGCUCCCGCCCUUCACCAAAGGUCCAAUAUAA